CGGCGCGGGGGGCGCUGGCACCAGCCCACCCACCACCUGCGGGACGAGGACCCGGCGGCGGCGGAGGACCGCGCCCAGGACGGGGAGCAAGAGGACGACGAACCCGUGUAUCAAAUGUCACUGAGGAACUAUCAGCCGAUAUAAUGAAUUAUUCGAAGGGGGACUAGGGCGUUUCACGGGCGGGGCGGCGCACUUGGUGGUGAAGGCGGGCGCGACGCCGGUGUUCUGCCGCGCGCGGCCGCUGCCGUACGCGCUGCGGGCGCGCGUGGACGCCGAGCUCGACGCCAUGCUGGCCAGCGGGGUCAUCGAACCCGUCGAGUCGUCGGACUGGGCCACCCCGCUGGUGAUAGCCAACAAGCCGGAUGGCUCCUUGAGAAUAUGUGCGGAUUACAAGGUGACCCUUAACCCUUACUUAGCUGUCGAUAAAUAUCCUGUGCCAAAAAUAGAAGAUCUAUUCACGAAUCUAAAUGGCAGUAGUCUGUACAGCCGGAUUGAUUUAUCACAAGCAUAUAACCAAGUUGAAUUAAACGAUCCGCAAAAAUACACAGUUAUUAAUACACAUCGUGGGUUAUUUAAGUACAAUCGUUUGGUCUAUGGUCUGGCAUCUAGUCCCGGAAUAUUUCAACGAUUAAUGAUAAAUUUAUUUAAGGAUAUACCUAAUGUAGUGAUAUUCUUGGACGACAUAUUAAUAGCAAGUUCGACAUUAGAAUCUCACAUCGAAACAUUGUAUAAAGUUUUAGAUCGCAUUAGAGAUUACGGUUUGAAGAUAAAAAAACAAAAGUGCGUAUUCUUUACGAAUGAAAUUAAGUUCCUGGGAUAUAUAAUCGAUAAAAAUGGUAUUCGAGUGGACCCGGAGAAGGUUAGGUCGAUCCUGGAAAUGAGGGCCCCAAAGGAUUUGUAUGAACUUAGGUCAUUUUUGGGAAUGGUCAAUUUCUACGGGAAAUUUAUUAAGAAUUUAAGUUUUAUCUUAGCUCCUCUAUAUGAGUUACUUAAGAAAAAUAAUUCUUGGAUAUGGGGCAGGAAACAAACGGAAGCGUUCGUAACAAUCAAAAACCUUCUGUCUAGUACAGGUGUGUUAGCGCACUACGACCCCUCGCAGGAGGCGGUGGUGACGUGCGACGCGAGUGCGCACGGGCUGGGGGUCGUGCUGGCGCAACGCGACGCGGCCGGCGCCGAGCGAGCCGUCAUCUAUGUGUCGCGCGCACUCACGCCCGCUGAAAUCAAUUAUAGCCAAAUACACAAGGAAGCGUUAGCUAUUGUGUUUGCAGUUACGAAAUUACAUCAAUAUUUAUAUGGGCGUCAUUUCACAUUGAGAACUGAUCAUAAGCCUCUUGUGAGCAUUUUCGGCCCCGGGAAGGGUAUUCCAAGUAUGACUGCCAGUAGGUUACAAAGAUGGGCAUUAACGUUAUCAGCGUACGAUUUUAACAUAGAAUAUGUCAGUACAGAUAAAAAUACGGCGGAUUGUUUAUCGAGAAUGAUCUCGGCACACAAAAGUGAUAGCGUCAAGUUAGGUGAACAACCGGAGCAGACCUAUUUACACUUUGCGUCCGAUGCGCUAUUAUUAGAUUAUAAUGACCUUAAAAAAAUUACUCAACGGGACCCAUUGUUAAGUCGGGUAAUUAGUUAUGUAAAAGACGGUUGGCCAAAAGAAACGGAAAUAAAAGAAUUAAAACCAUUUUUCAAUCGGAAAAACGAGAUUUAUAUAGAAUUAGGAUGUCUGAUGUGGGGUCACAGAGUCAUAAUUCCAUCAGAAUGCCGUUCUAAAGUAUUGAAAGAAUUACAUGACUCACACAUGGGGGUAACAAAAACAAAAGCAAUUAGUCGAAGUUAUGUCUGGUGGCCGGGGAUAGACGAAGCGAUAGCAGAAACGUGUGCGCGAUGUGCGGUGUGCGCCGCCGUGGCCGACGCGCCGCCGGCCCACGCGCCGCGCGCCUGGCCGUGGCCGGACAGGCCCUGGACCCGCCUGCAUCUAGACUUCAUGGGACCCAUUGCAGGGCACACCUAUCUAGUCUUAGUUGACUCUUGUACAAAAUGGAUAGAAGUAAUUAAAAUGGUUUCGACGUCAGCAAAACAAGUUAUAAUUAAAUUAAGAGAAAUUUUUGCUACUUUUGGCCUGCCAAAACAGGUGGUAAGCGACAACGGCCCGCCCUUCACCAGCAUGGAAUUCAAAGAUUUUUUGUCAAGUAACGGAAUUACGCAAACCUUUUCGGCUCCUUAUCACCCGGCAUCAAACGGAUUAGCCGAAAAUGCCGUACGUACUUGUAAAAAAGUUAUAAAGAAAGCUUUAUUAGAAAAAGUUGACCCUGAAAUUGCCUUAUGUAGAUUUUUAUUGUUAUAUCGGAAUACAGAACACUGUACCACUGGGGAAAGUCCCGCUCAGCUGUUGCAAGGUCGUACAUUGCGGACCAGGCUUGACAAGCUAAAGCCAGAUAGGGAGCAGCACGUACAAGCGGCACAACAGCGCCAGCUGGCGGCGGCGGGCGGCGGGCGGCGAGCCGUGGCGCCGGGCCAGGCCGUGUGGUGCCGCGACUACCGCGCCACGCAGGGCACGCGCUGGAGCCCCGGGGUUGUCGUCGAUAGGCUUGGUACUACGGACUACAAUGUCAGACUGGUAGAUGGAACGGUAAUACAUAGACAUAUAGACCAAUUAAAAAUCCGGCCAGUAGGAGAGGAAGAACCCUCAGACAAUACAGCAUCACCUUACUUAGCCAAUACAGUGGUAUCUCCGCUCAUAUUCCCAAGUGAGUCACCGGGGGUAAGCGCAGACUCGGGUCCGCCGGGGGGGUCUCGGCGCACGAGCGAGGGCGAGGGGCGGGGGUCGCCGGCCGCGCCUGCACCACAGCAAAGCCAAGCUCCCGCGCCCGUGGAACGUCGUUACCCAUUAAGAGACCGUAGGCCUCCUGUUCGUCUCGGCAUAGAUAUAGACGAUUUAUUUUGUAUAGCAUAGUUAAAUGUAAGCAGCUCUGUUAUUAAUUAUUAAGGUCUAAUCACUGUCUGUCUCGAUAUAGAUAUUAUAUAAGUAAACUAUUUAUUUUGUAUAGCAUACUUUAUCAAUGUAAACAGCUCUAAAUGAGUCAUCACCUGUGCCCUUGUCGAGAAAGAAGAAGUUAGGUACCUACCUACCGAAUGCAAGUUUGUAAUCUUCCAACUAGUUAUUAUGAAAAGUAGGAUAUAAGUUAUAUGUUUAGUUAGUAGUGUACCUGGUUACAAUUUAUAUGUAUAAGUAAAAUAUAAGUUUGUUAGUAUUCAGACUAUGUUAGUAUUUAAGGGUGGAGGUGUAGUGUAGGGUAGCUUCAUAAAGUACAUGAGUUAGUCUUGCAAAUAAACUGGUUGAGUGAA